AUAAUAUUUAUUUUACCGGAUGUGUUGAUACAAUUUUUAUGUGGGUUUGAAAAAAUUAAUAUAAAGAGUAGUUGUAAACUGUAACAUAUCUUUAUUUUACACAAAAUUGUCACUGGUGACAUGAUUUUAUUCAUAUUAUUGUCGUUUUUCAUCAGUUUCAGUGAAAGUGCCAUAUUUUAUGUAAAAGAAAAUGAUAGAAGCGAAGAAACUUCAAAUUUGGAGUUUUUCAAACUGCUGGGACUGAAAGUUAAAGCGAAUGAUUUAGAUGAAGUUAUCUCAACACAAUUUGAGAAAAAUGGCAAUGCAAACCAUAAAUUCAUAUUGGACCUCGAUUAUGUGGAUAAGAAACAUGAAAACCACAUUCCAGAUUCGUUUGAUUAUAUAGAAGUUUGUAAAUCUUUAGUUGGCACUAGUACUAUACCUAUUUGUCGACUGUACAAAAAUUCAAAAGGAGAAAAGAAAAAUUUUCCUAGAAAUUGUCAAGAAAUUUUAGAAAGUGGAAAUAAUAAAUCAGGUAUAUACGAAAUUAAUCCUAGAAUGAGUAGUGAACCUUUAACGGUCCUUUGUGACAUGGAGACGAAGGAUGGAGGCUGGACACAUAUUCAAAAAAGAUUUGACGGAUCCCAAGAUUUUUAUUUACCUUGGAGAGACUACAAAUUUGGAUUUGGUGAUCUCAAUGGAGAGUUUUGGAUAGGUUUAGAAAACAUUUAUCAUAUAACAGGUUUUGAAGUUAACGAACUACUAAUUGAAUUAACUGAUAGAGAACAUAAGAAAGCUUACGCGCAAUAUUCAGUUUUCACCAUCGGUCCAGAAAAAGAAGGAUACGUUUUAAAAGAUCUGAAAGGAUUUUCAGGUGAUGCAGGAGAUGCUUUAACACCACAUCUCAAGUCCAAGUUCAGUACGCAUGAUGUAGAUCAAGAUGAAAAUUCUGGAAAUUGCGCAGCAUUAUAUAAUGGAGCUUGGUGGUACAAAAGUUGUUGGGAGAGUCACUUAAAUGGUAAAUAUAUGAAUAAGCAAUUGUCCGAUCAUUAUAAGUAUCAUGGACUUGAAUGGAACGGUUUUAGAGGAAAAGAAUACAACCUAGCAGGAUCUAGAAUAUUGGUCCGACCUCUUAGUGAAAAAUAGAUAAAAUUAUUCACUUAUUAAUAUAAAAUUUAUUGACAAUAUAUGCAUGAAAUAAUUACACUAUA